AUGUCGUCGCCAAGCCAGAGCAUGACCAGCCCGGUGUCGAAGGCGCAGCUUGGUGCUUCCAAUAUCCUGAUGGAGCAGCAAAGGAUUCGGAUUGGUGUAGCCUGCGAUGCCGAAGCUUGGAAGGAGCUCGUCAAACUUCUUGUGGAAGGAGCAUUGAUCAAAGACCAAUGUGUAGCAACAACAUCACUGAAGAUCCCAGAGCAGGAACCCCGCCCGAAGAACUCGAGGAAGCCUGACCAACCAGUUCCUGGAUCCACACCAGAUUCAGCUGGCAACGCCAAGAGCUCAUUACAUCUCGAAGCCCCUGCUGCUCCACAAUCCAGCAGCACAUCCUUGCCUCUGCCACCAAAAGAAUUAAGGCCAAUCGAGUAA